AUGGCAAAGAGUUGUUGUCCCACAAAUCAACAAAGCAAGAUAGGCGCAGAGAGUGCAACGGGUGCGGGGGUGUACAACCUGUUUUAUGAUAGCAUUAGUGGAAGGCCAACUAGGGGUGUAGAGCGCGAAACCUGCCUGAAUCCGUUUAAGGAUAGCUCCACAACAAAAGCCACAGUACCACCAGUGUGCCUAGACUAUGCCCGAGGCAGAUGCUCAAGAGGGGCAACUUGUCGUCGGCUUCACAGACUUCCAGCAGUCCAAGAUGAAGAACUGCCCCAUAGCGUCGAUAUAUUUGGCCGGCAACGCUCUGCAUUGGGACCAGCUUCAUUUUUAGGGAGGAAUAGCUCCAUAGUCUUUGAAAAGCCUGCAAACCAGCAAGGAAUGUUGGCUAUCUGCAAGCAUAUUGGCCCCGUUACUGAGUAUAGUCUUGUUACCACCCUUGUAGUUCAUUUCAAGCACAGAAUCUACGCAGAGUUUGCUCUGGAGGCACUGUGUGGACAACGACUGUCGACUCUUAAUGCUAUCUACAACGUGUCUCUAUUCAAGGAUGGAUUGGUUGAUGUUAGUUGGGCACAUAUCAAUCUUGGCGACAUUCCUUGUGAAUCCGUUUUAGACUUAUAUUAG